GCGAUUCCUUAUCUGGUUUAUGUUUAUCCGAGCACCUGAAGCAGACUUUAUAAAUACACGACUGAUGCAGCUAGAUGAAAUGUGCUUGUGACUGAAAAUGGUUAUUCUUCAAGCACACAACGUCAAUGUUUUGGGAUCAGGAGAGCAAGCUAUAGUCCUAUGUCAUAACUUUGGCACCGAUCAAUCUGUGUGGAAGUACCUGGUGCCUUACCUGCUUGAAGAUUAUCGUGUUAUUUUAUACGAUAAUAUGGGUGCUGGUUCCACUAAUCCAGAUUAUUUCGACUUCGAAAGAUACUCAACCCUCGACGGGUUUGCUUAUGAUUUGCUUGCCAUAUUAGAUGAACUAGAGGUGAAGUCUUGUAUUUUUAUUGGUCACUCAGUUUUGAGUAUGGCCGGUGCCAUUGCCUCUAUUUCUCGCCCUGAUCUCUUCUCUAAACUCAUCUUGAUCUGUGGCACUCCAAGGCCAUUGAAUGAUAAAGACUAUCAUGGAGGAUUCGAGCAAGCUGACCUUCACCAAAUGCUGGAAGGAAUGCGAUCCAAUUUCAAAGCGUGGCGCUCAGGCUUGGCACCGAUGGUGGUAGGAGGCGACAUGGACUCGACGCUUGUUCAAGAAAUUUCCCGAACUCUAUUCAACAUGAGACCUGAUAUAGCUUUAAGCUUAACCCAGCUAAAAUUUCAAUGUGACGUUAGACAUGUUUUACCUAUGGUGAAAGUCCCUUGCCACAUAGUGCAGAGCGCCAUGGACAUGGUUCCAGCGGAGGUGUCUGAAUAUAUGCAUCAACAUCUUGGAGGCCCAUCUGUUAUCGAGAUUAUGCCUACGACUGGUCACUUGCCGCAUUUGAGCUCUCCAGACAUCGUCAUCCCAGUUAUUCUCAGGCACAUUAACCUUGACAUAACCAAAUGAUCCAUGUACACGUAUAAGUGUGUUUGGUCUUCCAUGUAAAUGUGUGUGUUUUGUUUUCCAUGUCUUUCGAUGUUGUUUUCACUAGCAAGACACGAAAAGCUAUAGAGUUAUAAGCUUCAGUCAGUUAAUUAACCAUGAUGAUACUCCAUGUUUUCUGUAUCUUGUAUAAAUUUUGGUUAUGAUAUCUUCGUAUUCAGUU